CCGCCUGGCUGGCUGGUGUGUCGCUCGGCUUCUGCGGACGCGCUCGGGAACUAUCGGAUUAAACUUGAAUCGAGUGAAAUUGCACAAAGGAGUGAAGCGGACCCGGGACCCGGUGGAGACCCCAACACCCUCAGUGACCCCCUCGCGCCUCUCGCCGGCCCUGGUCUGGGAUCUCCGCCCGCCUCGCUUUGACCGCCCGGCCGAAACCAACUCCCGAUCACCAUUCUAACGGAGGCAAAACAAUCUUAGUGACUAUGACCCUAGAAGCAUGGGUAGCCGAUUAAUCCCAGUUAUAAAUCCAGUUAGUUUGCAGUAAUGUGACUGAUAACAAGAAUUUGCCUGACGCUCCGUGGUCCAAAAGAAUUAAGGAAAUAUGGAAUGACAUGAAGGCGAUUAGUUGAGGAUUAAAGGCUUUGAAGACAAACACCUCAGUGAGGUGAAGCACGAACUAGUUUUCUAGUUGUAGCUCUGAGAGGCUGUGUGCUGGAACAAAGAUGGCAGAUCCAGGAAUGAUGAGUCUGUUUGGAGAAGAUGGAAAUAUUUUCAGUGAAGGACUGGAGGGCCUGGGGGAAUGUGGAUACCCUGAAAACACAGUAAACCCUAUGGGGCAACAAAUACCUAUUGAUCAAGGAUUUGCCUCAUUACAGUCACCCCUUCACCAUCCUCCAACCAGUCAAAAUCAAGCAAAGUUGACCCACUUUGAUCACUAUAAUCAGUAUGAACAACAGAAAAUGCAUCUGAUGGAUCAGCCUAACAGAAUGAUGAGUAAUGCCCCUGGGAAUGGUAUAGCGUCUCCUCACUCACAAUAUCACAAUCCUCCAGUCCCUCAUGGUGGGGGUACUGGUAGUCAGAUGGGAGUCUAUCCUGGUAUGCAGAAUGAAAGGCAUGGGCAGCCCUUUGUAGAUGGUAGUUCCAUGUGGGGGCCAAGGGCAGUUCAAGUGCCCGACCAGAUAAGAGCACCAUACCAGCAGCAGCAACCCCCACCUGCUCAGCCACCACCACCAACGCCGUCAGGACCACCUGGACAGGGACAUCCUCAGCACAUGCAGCAGAUGGGAAAUUACAUGGCUCGUGGUGACUUUUCAAUGCAGCAGCAUGGUCAGCCACCACAGCAGAGGAUAAACCAGUUUUCUCAAAGCCAGGAAGGUCUUAAUCAGGGAAAUCCUUUCAUUGCCACCUCAGGACCUGGCCACAUGUCUCAUGUGCCCCAACAGAAUCCAAGCAUGGGGCCUUCCUUACGACACUCAGUGCAGCAAUUUCACCACCAUCCCCCCACUGCUCUCCAUGGAGAAUCAGUAGCCCACAGUCCCAGAUACUCUCCUAACCCUCCCCAGCAGGGUGCUGUUAGGCCGCAAACACUUAAUUUUAGUUCCCGGGGCCAGACAGUAUCUUCACCUACUAUAAACAACUCAGGGCAGUAUUCUCGUUAUCCUUACAGUAACCUAAAUCAGGGAUUAGUAAACAAUACAGGUAUGAAUCAGAAUUUAGGCCUUACAAAUAACACUCCAAUGAAUCAGUCUGUACCAAGGUACCCAAAUGCCGUAGGGUUUCCAUCUAAUAGUGGUCAAGGACUAAUGCACCAGCAGCCCCUUCACCCUAGUGGCUCACUUAACCAAAUGAACACACAAACUAUGCACCCUUCACAGCCUCAGGGAACCUAUGCUUCUCCACCUCCCAUGUCACCUAUGAAAGCAUUGAGUAAUCCAGCAGGUACCCCUCCUCCACAGGUUAGACCUGGUAGUGCUGGAAUACCAAUGGAAGUUGGCAGUUACCCAAAUAUGCCCCAUCCUCAGCCGUCUCACCAGCCAUCUGGUGCCAUGGGAAUUGGACAGAGGAGUAUGGGCCCUCGGAAUAUACAACAGAAUCGGCCAUUUAUGGGCAUAACUUCAGCACCGCGGGAAAUGGGUGGUCACAUGAGACCAAACGGCUGUCCAGGUGUUGGCCUUGCUGAUCCACAAGCAAUACAAGAACGAUUAAUAUCUGGUCAGCAGCAUCCCAGUCAGUCAUCUUUUCAGCAGCAAAUGCCAACAUGUCCUCCCAUGCAGCCUCAUCCGGGCAUUCAUCAUCAGUCUUCGCCACCACCGCAUCCUCACCAUCAGCCUUGGGCGCAGCUUCAUCAGUCACCACAGAACACACCACAAAAAGUGCCUGUCCUUCAGCAUUCUCCAUCAGAACCCUUCCUAGAGAAACCAGUGCCAGACAUGACUCAGGUUAGUGGACCGAAUUCCCAACUACUGAAAAGUGAUGAUUAUCUUCCAUCAAUUGAGCAGCAGCCACAGCAGAAGAAAAAGAAAAAGAAAAACAAUCACAUUGUUGCAGAAGGUCCCAGCAAAGGAUUUGGUAAGGAGGGCUUUCCUGGUGGGCUAGACAGCCAGGAUCCUACCAGGAAAUCACUAGAUUGUUCCCAAGAAGAGAAAAAGAAAAAGAAAAAACCUAAGGUGAAAAAAGAGCCGAAGGAUCCGAAAGAACCCAAGGAGAAGAAGGAGCCGAAGGAACCCAAGACUCCCAAAACCCCCAAGACCCCUAAAGAGCCAAAGGAGAAAAAAGCAAAAAACACCACACCAAAACCCAAGGCCAACAAAAAGGCAAGUACCAAGAAACCAGAAUCAGAAUCCAGUGCUGUGAAGAAAAAAGUCAACAAGGGAAAGGAAGGUUCUGAAAACUCAGAUGCAGAAAAAACACCACCAGGGUCACCGCAUCCUGAAGAAGAAGAUGAUGCAGGAGUUCAGAAGAGGCGUUCCAGCAGACAGGUGAAGAGGAAGCGUUAUACAGAAGACCUGGAGUUCAAGAUUUCUGAUGAAGAAGUUGAUGAUGCAGAUGGUGCUGGAAGAAAUUCCCCUUCAAAUACUUCACAGUCUGAGCAACAGGAAUCUGCUGAUGCUGAAGGACCUGUAGUAGAGAAAAUCAUGAGUAGCCGUAUAUUCAAGAAACAGAUGGAGAAUGGACAAGAGGUAGAAGCUGAGGAAUUCUAUGUAAAAUACAAAAACUUCUCAUACCUUCACUGUCAGUGGGCAUCUGUGGAAGUGUUGGACAAAGACAGGAGAAUUCAGCAAAAGAUUAAAAGAUUUAAAGCAAAGCAGGGGCAAAAUAAGUUCCUUUCAGAGAUAGAUGAUGAACUUUUUAAUCCUGAUUAUGUUGAAGUUGAUCGAAUAAUGGAUAUUUCAUAUAGCAAGGAUGAUAAUGGAGAGCCUGUGACUCAUUAUUUGGUGAAAUGGUGUUCACUUCCAUAUGAAGACAGCACAUGGGAAUUAAAACAAGACAUAGAUCAAGCUAAGAUUGAAGAAUUUGAGAAACUAAUGGCUAGGGAGCCAGAAACAGAACGUGUGGAGCGGCCUCCUGCUGAUGACUGGAAGAAGUCAGAAAGUUCCAGGGAAUAUAAAAACAACAACAAACUCAGGGAAUACCAGUUGGAAGGAGUAAACUGGCUUCUUUUCAAUUGGUACAACACGCGAAACUGCAUUUUAGCAGAUGAAAUGGGAUUGGGGAAAACGAUCCAAUCCAUUACAUUUCUCUAUGAGAUAUAUUUAAAAGGAAUCCAUGGUCCUUUUUUGGUUAUUGCCCCAUUGUCCACAAUCCCUAACUGGGAAAGGGAAUUCCGUACCUGGACAGAAUUGAAUGUUGUUGUGUAUCAUGGGAGUCAAGCCAGCCGAAGGACCAUUCAGUCGUAUGAAAUGUACUUCAAAGACGCACAGGGUCGUGCAGUUAAGGGGUCAUACAAAUUUCAUGCCAUCAUCACUACAUUUGAAAUGAUUUUGACGGACUGUCCUGAGCUCCGUAACAUUCCAUGGCGCUGUGUGGUAAUUGAUGAAGCUCACAGGCUGAAGAACAGAAAUUGCAAGCUGCUAGAAGGGCUGAAGAUGAUGGACCUGGAACACAAGGUGCUUCUUACAGGUACUCCGUUACAAAACACUGUGGAAGAGCUCUUCAGCUUGCUCAAUUUCUUGGAACCAAGUCGUUUCCCUUCAGAAUCUACUUUCAUGCAAGAGUUUGGUGAUUUGAAAACUGAGGAACAGGUGCAAAAACUCCAAGCUAUCCUAAAACCAAUGAUGUUGAGACGUCUCAAAGAAGAUGUAGAAAAGAAUCUGGCACCCAAGGAAGAAACUAUAAUUGAAGUUGAAUUGACAAACAUUCAAAAGAAAUACUACAGAGCCAUUCUUGAAAAGAAUUUCACAUUUUUGUCGAAAGGCGGUGGUCAAGCAAAUGUUCCUAAUCUCUUAAAUACUAUGAUGGAAUUAAGAAAAUGCUGCAAUCAUCCAUACCUUAUCAAUGGUGCUGAAGAGAAAAUUUUGGAAGAGUUUAAAGAAACACACAAUCCUGACUCUCCAGAUUUUCAGCUCCAGGCAAUGAUCCAGGCUGCUGGCAAGCUAGUACUGAUUGACAAGUUGCUGCCAAAACUGAAGGCUGGUGGCCACAGGGUGCUUAUCUUUUCCCAGAUGGUGCGCUGCUUGGACAUACUGGAAGACUACCUCAUUCAAAGACGGUAUCCAUAUGAACGAAUUGAUGGCAGAGUAAGAGGCAACCUUCGUCAAGCAGCUAUUGAUAGGUUUUCCAGACCUGAUUCUGAUAGAUUUGUGUUUCUACUGUGUACAAGAGCAGGUGGUUUGGGAAUUAAUCUCACUGCUGCUGAUACCUGCAUCAUCUUUGAUUCAGAUUGGAACCCACAAAAUGAUCUUCAGGCACAAGCUCGAUGUCACAGGAUCGGACAGAGCAAAUCAGUGAAAAUCUACAGGUUGAUAACAAGGAAUUCUUAUGAAAGGGAAAUGUUUGACAAAGCUAGCUUAAAACUUGGUCUUGAUAAAGCUGUGCUUCAGUCCAUGAGCGGAAGAGAGAAUGCUACAAAUGGGGUCCAGCAACUUUCUAAAAAAGAAAUAGAAGAUCUUUUGAGGAAAGGGGCUUAUGGUGCACUAAUGGAUGAAGAAGACGAAGGGUCCAAAUUCUGUGAGGAGGAUAUAGAUCAGAUUCUUUUGAGGCGAACACACACAAUCACUAUUGAGUCUGAAGGGAAAGGUUCUACAUUUGCAAAGGCUAGUUUUGUUGCAUCUGGUAACAGAACAGACAUUUCUUUGGAUGAUCCUAACUUCUGGCAGAAGUGGGCAAAAAAAGCUGAACUUGAUAUUGAUGCCUUAAAUGGAAGGAACAAUCUAGUUAUUGAUACGCCAAGAGUAAGAAAACAAACUAGACUAUACAGUGCAGUCAAAGAAGAUGAACUGAUGGAAUUUUCAGAUCUAGAAAGUGAUUCUGAGGAAAAGCCCAGUAUAAAACCCCGUAGGCCGCAGGACAAAUCCCAGGGUUAUGCACGGAGUGAAUGUUUUAGGGUGGAAAAAAAUCUGUUGGUUUAUGGCUGGGGGCGCUGGACUGAUAUCCUUUCACACGGGCGCUAUAAACGUCAGCUAACAGAACAAGAUGUGGAAACCAUCUGUCGGACAAUCCUUGUUUACUGCCUCAAUCAUUACAAAGGGGAUGAAAACAUCAAAAGUUUUAUCUGGGAUCUGAUCACUCCAACUGCAGAUGGACAGACACGAGCCUUAGUCAACCAUUCUGGCUUGUCCGCUCCAGUGCCCAGGGGAAGAAAAGGCAAAAAAGUGAAAGCUCAGAGUUCACAACCAAUGCUACAGAAUGCUGAUUGGCUAGCAAGCUGUAACCCAGAUGCCUUGUUUCAGGAGGACAGCUAUAAGAAACACCUCAAACAUCACUGUAAUAAGGUCCUGCUGCGUGUCCGCAUGCUGUACUAUCUGAGGCAAGAAGUUAUAGGGGACCAAGCUGACAAGAUCUUAGAGGGUGCUGACUCAAGUGAGGUUGAUAUUUGGAUUCCUGAGCCAUUCCAUGCUGAAGUUCCUACAGACUGGUGGGAUAAGGAAGCAGAUAAAUCCCUUUUAAUUGGAGUGUUCAAACAUGGGUAUGAGAAGUACAAUUCAAUGAGAGCAGACUCUACUCUGUGUUUUCUGGAACGUGUUGGUAUGCCUGAUGCCAAGGCCAUAGCUGCUGAACAGAGAGGGACAGAUAUAUUAACAGAUGGUGGUGAUGGAGGUGAUUUUGAUAGAGAGGAUGAAGAUCCAGAAUAUAAACCAACCAGGACGCCAUUCAAGGAUGAAAUUGAUGAAUUUGCAAACUCACCUUCUGACAAGGAAGAGUCUAUAGAGCUCCACACAGGCAAGCACAGUGAAAGCAAUGCUGAUUUUGGCCAACUCUACUGGCCUAACACUUCAACCCUGACUACCCGCUUGCGCCGCCUCAUUACUGCCUAUCAACGUAGCUAUAAAAGGCAACAAAUGAGGCAAGAGGCACUAAUGAAGACUGACCGGCGCCGGCGUCGACCUCGUGAAGAAGUGAGAGCAUUAGAAGCUGAAAGAGAGGCUAUAAUAACGGAAAAACGUCAAAAAUGGACGAGAAGAGAGGAAGCAGAUUUCUAUCGUGUUGUGUCUACGUUUGGGGUUAUUUUUGACCCUAUAAAGCAACAGUUUGACUGGAACCAGUUCAGAGCUUUUGCCAGACUUGAUAAGAAGUCUGAUGAAAGUUUGGAGAAAUACUUCAGUUGCUUUGUAGCUAUGUGCAGGCGAGUGUGCCGAAUGCCAGCCAAGCCUGAUGAAGAACCCCCAGAUCUUUCCACAGUGAUUGAACCAAUCACUGAGGAACGUGCUUCUCGAACUUUAUAUCGCAUAGAGCUCUUGCGGAAAGUCCGAGAGCAGGUCCUCCAUCACCCACAACUGGUGGAGAGGCUAAAACUGUGCCAGCCAAGUUUGGAUCUGCCAGAAUGGUGGGAAUGUGGCAAGCAUGACAAAGAUUUACUGAUUGGAGCUGCUAAACAUGGUGUCAGCAGGACAGAUUAUCAUAUCCUGAAUGACCCUGAACUUUCCUUUCUUGAUUCUCACAAAAACUUUGCUCAAAACAGAGGUGGAGGUAAUCUGAAUACUAUAUCUUUGUUAAAUCCACUGGGUAGUUGCUGUAGUCAGACAGCCUCUAUUAUCCCAUCCACACCAGCACAAGAUGAAAAAUCUACAGACCAAGCUGAAGUUAAAUUGGAAGGACCUGAGAAAGCAUCAGCCAAAGAAAAGUCUGACAAUAAAGAGGAGGAGGAAGCAACAGAUAUGGCAGUAAAAAGUGAUAAGGAGGAAUGUGAAGUCGAGGCUGAGCUGGGUCCGGUUAAAUGUGAAAUAAAAGACAUAGAACUGAGUACAGAAGCAGAUCCAAAAUCAAUUUCUGAGAAAGGUUCAGAUGAUGAUGAAGAAGAAAAACUUGAUGAUGAUGACAAAUCAGAAGAAUCCUCCCAACCUGAAGCAGGAACUAUUUCUCAGGGUAAGAAUUUUGAUGAAGAAAGCAAUGCAUCCCUGAGCACUGCAAGGGAUGAAACUCGUGAUGGAUUUUAUAUGGAAGAUGGAGAUCCAUCAGUAGCCCAGCUGCUCCAUGAAAGAACAUUUGCUUUUUCUUUUUGGCCUAAGGAUCGAGUAAUGAUCAACCGAUUAGACAACAUCUGUGAAGCAGUGUUGAAAGGGAAGUGGCCAGUAAAUAGACGCCAGAUGUUUGAUUUCCAGGGGCUUAUACCUGGGUAUACGCCAACAGCUGUGGACAGUCCUCUACAGAAAAGAAGCUUUGCAGAGCUCUCCAUGGUUGGUCAAGCCAACAUUAGUGGCAAUGAAGAUAUUACCGUCUCUCCUCAGUUAUCCAAGGCAUAUGCACUCAAUUUAUCAGUUCCACGUCAGCGGAGGAGGAGGAGGAGGAAGAUUGAAAUUGAGGCUGAAAGGGCUGCCAAGAGGAGAAAUCUCAUGGAAAUGGUUGCCCAGUUACGAGAGUCGCAGGUUGUCUCAGAAAACGGACAAGAAAAAAUUGUAGACUUAUCAAAGGCCUCACGAGAGGCAACAAGUUCUACCUCAACUUUUUCAGCUGUUCCUUCGAAGUUUCUAUUACCUAACGUUUCCACACCAGUGUCUGAUGCCUUUAAAACUCAGAUGGAGCUGCUACAAGCAGGUCUUUCACGCACACCCACAAGGCAUCUGCUAAAUGGUUCUUUAAUUGAUGUAGAACCACCUAUGAAAAGGAGGAGAGGAAGAAGGAAAAAUGUAGAAGGGCUUGAUCUGUUAUUUAUGAGCAACAAGCGAGCAUCAGUGAUGGCAGAAGAUGCAGAAGUGACCAAAGCAUUUGAUGAAGAAAUGGAGACCCCGCCACCGAGAAACAUUCCAUCUCCUGGACAACUGGAUCCUGACACUCACAUCCCGGUCAUUAAUAUGGAAGAUGGGACCAGGCUGAUGGGAGAGGAUGCUCCUAAAAACAAGGAUUUAGUUGAAUGGCUUAAACUGCAUCCUACAUACACUGUUGAUAUGCCAAGUUAUGUACCAAAGAGUGCAGAUGUGCUGUUUUCCCCAUUUCAGAAGCCGAAGCAGAAACGGCACAGAUGUCGAAAUCCUAAUAAACUGGAUAUAAACACCUUAACUGGAGAAGAGAGGGUUCCUGUUGUAAAUAAGCGAAAUGGCAAGAAGAUGGGUGGAGCUAUGGCCCCGCCAAUGAAGGACCUGCCGAGAUGGCUGGAAGAAAAUCCCGAAUUUGCUGUUGCUCCAGAUUGGACUGACAUUGUUAAACAGUCUGGUUUUGUUCCAGAAUCUAUGUUUGACCGUCUUCUCACAGGACCUGUUGUGCGGGAAGAGGGAGCGAGCAGAAGAGGGAGAAGGCCAAAAAGCGAAAUUGCCAAAGCAGCUGCAGCUGCUGCUGCUGUAGCUUCAACUUCGGGAAUUAACCCACUGCUAAUGAACAGUCUGUUCGCUGGAAUGGAUCUCACGAGCCUUCAGAAUUUACAGAACCUCCAGUCUCUCCAGCUUGCAGGUCUCAUGGGCUUCCCUCCAGGACUAGCGACAGCUGCUGCUGCUGCUGGAGGUGAUUCUAAAAAUCCAACUGCCAUGCUGCCUCUGAUGCUGCCAGGUAUGGCAGGGUUGCCCAACAUGUUUGGACUAAGUGGAUUGUUGAAUAACCCAAUAACAGCUGCUUCUGGAAACACCACUAUGGCUUCCAGUCAAGGAGAAACUGAAGAUGGCACUUCAAAAGUAGAAGAAAAGAAGACUGAGAAUGAAGAGGAGAACAAAGACUCCGAGAAAAGCACAGACACUGUUUCUGCUACUGACUCUGCAAAUGGAUCUGUCAGUGCAACUGCUGCAGCAGCCGCUGCCACCACCACAACCAACACUGGAUUGCCUGCCAACCCUCUGACCUUCAAUCCUUUCCUUCUGUCCACCAUGGCUCCUGGCCUGUUCUAUCCAUCUAUGUUUCUACCUCCAGGACUGGGAGGAUUGACACUACCUGGUUUCCCAGCAUUAGCAGGACUUCAGAAUGCAGUGGGCUCCAGCGAAGUGAAGGUUACUGAUAAAACUGAAGGAGCUGCCUUUAAAGAUGAAGAAAAUCUAGAGGGCAGUGAUGCAGAGGAGAGCCUUGAUAAAACUGCAGAUUCCUCCGCUUUAGAAGAUGAAAUAGCACAGGGUGAAGAAUUAGACUCGCUUGAUGGGGGGGAUGAAAUAGAAAACAAUGAAAAUUAUGAGUAAGCAGUACCAGUUACUGUUAAAGUGUUUUAAACUUUUGACAAGUGGUAGUCCUACUGUUUACACUCACAGUUAAUGUCCAUACUUAGUUUUUAUAAGCUGUUCUGUAACAUAGUGUAGCAAACAAAAAGUUCAAGUCAUGUUAUACAGAUGUGUCAAAAGGUAUCUUGGUCAUUAAGUAUUGUGCAGUGCAUUAUUUAUUAUCCCUAGGAGAGAUGAAAUUGAGAGGUGAUCAUGUCUUUUUAAGGAAAUUGACAUAAUGCUCUGCUCUUUUUUCCUUUUGGUACCAUUGGUAUUAUAAAAGCAGCAAUUUGUAAUAGAGUGGCACUAAAUAGAAGGAAGUGUUGCUUAAAGGAAGUAUGAAGUUAUAUAUUUAAUUUUUUAUUUUUAUUCUUUGCUGUGAAGGUCAAGAUGAAAUUUACCAUACAUAUCAUACUUGCGCAUCAUUUUGACUGUAUGGGAGUUCACUCGUGCACAUAUACACACAUUCUCUGACAAUCUCCAUGAUAGUGUGAAUGUCUCUCUGUCUUGAGACACAGCAAUAAUAAGGCAGCUGUUGAAUGUGAAGAGUACCUUUUGGAAAUUACCCACUGAAAAGGUUCUUGCAGGAUAAAACUACAGUUAAAUCGUCUCGUGAUCUUGUAAUGCACUGGUAAAACAAAAAAAAAUUAAAAUCAGGUACCUUUUUAAAUUAAAGGACUUUGUUACUUUAGCCACAAAGCUAAACAGAUUACCUCAACUCUAAACUAGCCUUGAAGUUUACAGACAUGACUUUGUAAAUGUAUUUGUUUUUCUUUGUUGUGAUGUCUUUUUAUUUUUUUUUCCUUGGAAACUGCUAUCAUGUAAGAUAAGAUGUAAAUUGCUGCCAACUGUAGUAAUGAUGCUUUUAAUAAAAGUGACUCAUGAUAUGCAGAGAUGUAAUUUAUAGAAUGUAGUGAUUAGGGAAAUCACAACUGGUGUUUGCUUAUUUUUUGUAUUCGCAAAUAUAUCAUUGUGUGCUGUCGUCA